AUGGAAACAAGCACUGCAUCACUUUUGUCUGUACUGAAAGACUAUAAAGAACUCUGCUGCCAGCUAUACACUACGAAAAACCUCUAUGCAUUGCUGUUUGCAGUGGUCGUGAUACUAGUUGUGCUCAUUGCAUUCAACUUUGUAUCAAUUAUGCUCUUUCUCCUGGAAAUAGUGCACAAGGUGGAUGUAAAAGAGAAAGUAAAAGUGGAGACAGAGCUGAAAGCUAAAAAGAAGAGAAGAGACAUAUUAAUAUGUAAAAUAGGAGAAAGUCGAAAGAAAAGAAACGCACUGAUGCAUAAACUUGAAGAGAAAACUUUGGACGCUGCUCAAGAGGAUUUAGAAAUACUAGAGCUUGAAAUGCAAAACAGCGAAAAUCAUGAAAAAGAACUUAGCCAAAUAGAAGAAUGCAUAAAAAAACAGGAGGAAGAGCUAAAAGAAAAAAAAUGGAACGUGCUGCUGGUUGAGAGACUGAUAAACGAGAAAAGGGAAGAUAGGCUAAACUGA